AUGCAAACCGCGCAGCCUCAUGCACCACCAGCGGGAGCUCCGCCGCCACCGCCGCCUUCGACGAUGCAGCCUGUUGCCCCGGCGCCCAUCAACGGAACCAACGACAUGGCAGCUUCGCACGGACAGGUAGCCGCAGCCAACAUGCAGCAUACGCAGUACCAACCACAGCCUCAGCAGUACCAGCAUCAGCCGCCUCCACAGCAUCACCAGCAUCACGCCCCAGCUCCACCUCCUCCUGUCCAACAUCAUGCUCCUGCCCCGCCACCUCCAGCUCAGCAUCAUCACCAAUACCAGCAACCACCACCACAACAGCAUCAGCCGCCCCCACAUCAUGCUCCCGCCCCUCCCCCUCCUCAGCAUCAUCAUCAGCACCAACAACAUCACGCCCCUGCUCCACCACCCACCCCAAGCAUCAAAAAAAAAAAAACACCCCCACAGCAACAACAACAACAACAACAUCCACCCCAACAGCACUAUCAACAGCCGCCGCCUCCUCAGCAAGUACAAACUAGCUACGGACAGCCACCGCCACCGAUGCAGCCAGGACAGCCUCAGCAGCAACCGCCUCCCCAACAACAGGCACCGCCUCAGCAACAUCACUAUCCACACCAGGGACUUAACGGGGGGUGGCAAAGCGACAAGGACUAUCAGGAGCGACGGAAAAUGAUUGCCAAAAUUGUUCAUCUCUUGCAACAACGGAAACCAAAUGCGCCUCAGGAAUGGCUCAAGAAACUACCCCAAAUGGCAAAGCGAUUGGAAGAAUCCUUGUAUCGAUCUGCCAAGUCGUUCGAACAGUACAAUGAUGCAAGCACACUCAAACAUCGGCUUCAACAGCUAGCUGUUAACAUUGGUAUGAAGACGAAGAAGAUGCAGCAAGCACAAAUCGCGCAGCAAAAGCUCCAACAACCGCCUCCACCUCGCCAGUAUCAGCAACAGCAACAGCAAGCUCAGUACAGGCCUCCCCCGGCUACGCAACAACCACCUCAACAGCUACACAGGCCACCGGCACCACAGCCGGUUCAAGCUAGGCCACCAGCACCGCAGCAACCGAUUCAGCAACGGCAACAACCAAUGCAACAACCACCACCGGUACCGCAAGCGCCAGCUCCACAACCACCACAACAGCCUCAGCAGCGGAUGGUCAAUGUAGCAGAAAUCAACCCUAUCAUGGGAGGACCUCCGCCUAGUCAGCCUCCACAGCACGUGCAGCCGGCACCAGCGCAACCACCAACUGCGCCGCCUCCGCAUGGUCAACCGAUCCAGUACCAUCCUCAACCAGCACCCGCGCCCCCACCGGCAGCACCAGCUCCUCAGCCACCAGCGCCAGGCCAAAAUGGAGUACGUCCACCAGCAGGGACGGGAGGUAGACAGGUUUCGGAUCGGCAACAAGUCUUGCGCCAUCAACAACAGCGGUUGUUGCUUCUUAGACAUGCAGCGAAAUGCCAGCAUGAAGACGGCCGGUGUCCUGUUACGCCUCAUUGUGCCGGAAUGAAGAGACUGUGGAAACACAUUGCCGAGUGUAAAGACCAAAAGUGUCUCGUGCCGCACUGCGUUAGCUCUAGGUAUGUGCUUAGCCACUACCAUCGAUGCAAGGACGUUCGUUGUCCGGUAUGUGGUCCUGUCCGGGAAGCAAUCCAUCGAAGUCACGAGAAACAAAAGCAGAUGCAGGCUUUGAAGCAACGGCAUCAGCAAGCAGUGCAGCAAACUCAAAUUCAAGCCGCUCCAGCGCCAUCAAGUGCUCCGGCUCCGGUUGCACCAGCCGCUCCUUUGCCCCCGCAACCGUUGUCGUCUGGACCUGUUGCCGCCCCGAUGGCUCACACCAGCAUUGCUCCGGUGGGGUCCUCUGUUCCGGAACCACCAAACAAACGGCAAAAAACGGCAUCUGGCGUCCCAGCACAGCCGUAUCCUCCGCCCCCUCCACAGCCGGGUGUUCCUGUGGCUCCGCAACAACCCAUGCAUCAGCCUUCCAGUGUUCCCCCGGGAGUACCACCGCCCAGCCAAUAUCAGUAUCCUCCACAACCCGGCGCACCUGUGCCUGUUCCCGUGCAGCAACCACAGCCAGCGGUUGCCGUUGUGCCAGUGCCAGGAGCCCAGCCACCUGCAGUACCUUCGGCGCCCGCUGGACCAAAACCUGCAGUUUCCGGUGCUCCAGGCAUUGCUUUUCAGAAUGGGCAGGUCAUCACUCCAAAGUACACAGGCCCGAAGCCGCAGGAAGAUCAUACUCUUAUCAACUGUUUCUCAGUCGCUCAAAUCGAAACGCACAUCGCGUCGCUCAACAAAGGGUUGCGGCUUCCUCCUCAGAAGCUCAAGGCGAAAUGUCUGGAUGUGCUAAAAUCGCUGCAAUCUCACCAGCACGGCUGGGUCUUCAAUAGCCCUGUCGACCCUGUCGAGCUGGGGCUUCCGGACUACUUUGAAGUCAUCAAACGUCCUAUGGAUCUCGGAACUAUCAGGAAAAAAUUAGAGAACGGCUGUUAUCAUUCCCUGGAUGAAUUUGAGAACCACUGCCACUUGACCUUCGACAACGCGAUGCUUUACAAUCCACAGGGCUCGGUUGUCUACAACAUGGCAGAAGAAAUGAAAGCGAAGUUCGAGCAAGACUACCAAAACCUCCUCAAGGUGCUCAACGCAGAAGAAGAUGUGAAGCGCAGAAAUGGAGAAGCUUGUGUGCUGUGUGGAUGCGAGAAGCUGAUCUUUGAGCCUCCCGUGUUUUACUGCAAUGGCCUAAACUGCCCUUCAAAGAGAAUCCGGCGCAACAGCUACUAUUACGUUGGUGCCAACAAUCAGUACCACUGGUGUCAUCAGUGUUAUCAGGAACUGAAAGACAACCAAGCUAUCGAGCUUGGAGAUGUCACCAUCAAGAAGGAAGGGCUCACCAAGAAGAAGAAUGAUGAGGUGCACGAAGAGAGCUGGGUGCAGUGCGAUCGCUGUGAAAGAUGGAUCCAUCAAAUCUGUGCACUGUUUAACACAAGACAGAACAAGGACCAGCGUUCGGAAUACGCUUGCCCACGUUGUACAAUAGAAGAACGGAGAAAAAAGGGAGAACUCGAGGCAACAUCUCAAACACCAAUGGCGGAAGACCUCCCCCGGACGAAGCUGUCGGAGUAUUUGGAAGAGAACGUUCGAAAGAAGGUCAACGAGUACGUCGAUGUGAACUCAAAACAAAAGGCGGAGGCAGAGCAAAUUCCGCUGGAAGAAGCCAGGAAGGCUCUCGAAAUGGGUGGGCACAUUACCAUUCGUCAAGUCACGUCGAUGGAUCGAAAAUUGGAGGUGCGAGAGCGCAUGAAACGCAGAUAUGCGUUCAAAAACUAUCCGGACGAGUUCAACUUUCGUUGCAAGUGCAUCGUGGUGUUCCAAAAUCUCGAUGGCGUGGAUGUGAUAUUGUUUGGGCUGUAUGUCUACGAGCACGAUGAAAAGAAUGCGUUACCGAACAAACGGACGGUGUACAUUUCCUACCUCGAUAGCGUUCAUUACAUGAGGCCACGAAAGAUGAGAACUUUCAUCUACCAUGAGAUUUUGGUAUCAUACUUGGACUAUGUUCGCAAGCGUGGGUUUUCUUCUGCCCACAUCUGGGCGUGCCCUCCACUCAAGGGGGACGACUAUAUCCUUUAUGCCAAGCCCGAGGAUCAAAAGGUGCCAAAGGACGAUCGCCUUCGACAGUGGUACAUUGACAUGCUCGUUGAGAGCCAGAAACGCGGUAUCGUCGGCACUGUUACCAAUAUGUAUGAUCUUUAUUUCUCCAACGAGAAAAACGACGCUACGGUGGUGCCCUACAUGGACGGCGAUUACUUUCCUGCAGAGGUGGAGAAUAUCAUCAAGGACAUCGAAGAAGGAAAGACAGGCAAGAAAGGAAAGGAACAGGGGAAGAAAAAGAAGGGAAACAACAAGGCGAAGCAGAAGAAGAAAAAUGGGCGUGGUGGCACUCGCUCCACUGGUCUCGACGAGCAGGCCUUGAAGGCGAGCGGCUUCGUCCCUCCAGGCACAGAAGCCAAGAGCGUUGAAGAAGGCGGGCGAGACUACGUCAUGGUGAAACUCGGGGAAACAAUCCAACCGAUGAAGGAGAGUUUUAUCGUUGCAUUUCUUGCUUGGGAAGGGGCCAAGCGCGAGCACAUGGUUGUCCCCAAGGAAAUUGAGGAAUAUCGCAAGGAGCAUGGAAUCGUAUCGGUCAUUGGCAAGGACGACAGCGAUGACGAAUGCAAAAGUUUGAACGAUGGGGCGAACGGCAAAACUCCACCAGUCGAGAAAGAGUCGGAAGAGAAGAAAGACGGCAACGACACAUCCACAAACGGUGACGUCAAAAUGGAAUCAGCCGACGGGUCUGCGGUGAAACAGGAGGAGACAGAUGGCUCGCCACCACCAACGGAUCAGGCCGAGAAACCCGCUUCUGCGGACGCGACAACCAAUUCUUCAACCGCCGCGGUGAAAGAAGAGAAGCCCGACGAGGCAAUGCCUGAUGCCGGUGCGAAUGAUACAGCAGCCAAGGACGGGAACGGUGCCACACAACCUGAGCCGGAGAAGCCUGCGGAUGCCGCUGCAGCACCGGCAGCUGACCAGGAUUCCGCUCAAGCUCCCGCCCCCGACCAACCUCCUGCUGCAGUGAAGACUGAACCUGGCACUGAAGACGCCGCAGGAGCGCCAGAAGCAGGAGUACAACAAGGCGUGUCUCAGAGCGCCAUGGCAAUUCGCAAAGGGAAGUUUGCCGCCAUGACCGCGAGGAAACGCGACCUAAUGGGCAAGGAUAAAGAGCCCGAAAAGGACGACAAGGACGCUAAAGACAAGGAUAAAGAAAAAGAGAAGAAAGCCUCGAAGACCAUCUACGUGAAAGAUAGCCGUGGUCGCACUGUCAAGGUGAUUGAUGACGACGAUGAAGAAAUGGACUGUGAAUUUCUCAACAAUCGUCAAGCCUUCUUGAAUCUUUGUCAAGGAAACCACUACCAGUUCGAUCACCUGCGCAGAGCCAAACAUUCCUCCAUGAUGGUGCUGUGGCAUCUUCAUAAUCGGGAUGCUCCCAAGUUUGUUCAACAGUGCGCCACUUGCUCGCGAGAAAUCCUGACGGGAUACAGAUUCCACUGCCCUACUUGCGCCGAUUUCGAUCAGUGCCAAGAAUGCGUUCACAAUCCAAAAGUCGCUAGGCAUCCUCAUCAGCUGAAGCCGAUCCCAGUCGCUAGUGGUCAGCAGCCUGAGCUAACGGAGGAACAGAGGAAAGAGCGUCAGCGAAGCAUUCAGCUGCAUAUGACUCUUUUGCAGCACGCAGCAACUUGCACUUCUCCAAAAUGUCCAUCGGCAAACUGUACGAAGAUGAAGGGUCUGUUGAAGCAUGGUGCCCAAUGUCAGAUCAAGGCAACAGGCGGUUGCAAUGUGUGCAAGCGUAUUUGGGCCCUUCUACAGAUCCAUGCACGCCAAUGCCGAGCUACGUCCUGCCCUGUUCCCAACUGCAUGGCCAUUCGCGAGAGAGUUCGGCAGCUAAAGAAGCAACAACAAGCGAUGGACGAUCGUCGGCGUCUCCAAAUGAACCAAGCUUACUCUGCUUCUUCCAGGAGAUAGAUAGGAUGCGAAAAUACUUUGCACUAGAUCAUUUUUAUCACAUUGCCGCAGAGACAAGGACUAUGUUUGUGGCAACACAAAAGAAGAUGGAUUUUGCAAAAGCAGCCUGGGCAUCUCUAUUCUUUCAUAUCCAAAUUGUGCUCUUGUAGUCUAUUUCGUAGUAUGCCCGAGCAAAUCGUGUCGCACCCCGUUUCUGUUCAUCUGUCGCGUUGUAGCCAAUCGCCAGAUGGUAUUUGCUUGGAUUUGUUGCAAUCUGGUCUAUGGUAGACAUAGGCGCGAACGACAGAUCCUUCCUCUCCGAUGGGCUCCCCUCCUAGUGUCCUUUUAGGAUCACCAAGAAAUGCAUCGGCUAUGGCUCUCUGAUACAGCCCAGAACCAUCGGGCACGUAUCCUUCUAUGGAAUCAAAGUGCUUCAACUUUCGCUGGAACAGCUCUGGAUCAGCCGUCAGCACCCAACCGCUAACUCUGUUGGUGGUAUCCUCUUUCGCAUCGCCACUGCUGCAUGUACCAAGAACCAAGGAAGCAUAAGUAUCUUCAUAAAGCUUGGCACCAGGAACUGUGGCCGGCUGAGCUCUCACCCCAGAUACCGCUUCUUGGGUCCAAGGCAUGUUGGAGUCGUCGUCAGGGCGUAAACUGCCGUAACAGAACACAUGGCUGCAGUCUUGGUCCGUCAUUGUGUUGCUUGUGCUCAUCCAAUGGCCAAUCACGAGGCUUGAUCUGUUUCCAAAUGCAUGUAGCAGCCACGAAGUUCUCAGAUUUGGUACCACGAUCAUCAAAAUCUAAACCUGACAAAACUCCAGGAGAAUGGUGCCUGAGCAGCGCCGCACUGUGCCGUUCCUAUUAAUACCGAUAGUAGGUCCAGGCUGGACGACGAUGAUUGAGACAUUGAGACAGCUAUCGAUCGAGACUCGAGACGUACAGUCGUACGCUGAAACAGA